AGAAUCGAAGAGGAUCGGCAUCAGUCAACAUUGGAUAUUCUUCGAGUGAAGAACUAAAGCCAAAAGUUUAAGCAAAACCAAAAUCAAGAAAAAAAAACAGACAUGUCUCUUGAACGUGCUAUCAAAGCCAAGAUCGCUGGCAAGCGCAAUCCCCAGAUGGACAAAGAAGCCCAAGAAUGGAUUGAAGCCAUCUUAGGCGAGAAGUUCCCCGGUGGUGUGGAAUACGAUGAGCAUCUCAAGGACGGUCAAGUUUUGUGCAAGCUGAUCAAUGUUUUGGCUCCUGAAUCCGUUCCCAAGGUCAACUCCUCUGGUGGCCAAUUCAAAAUGAUGGAAAACAUCAACAAUUUCCAAAAGGCUCUUAAGGCUUACGGUGUACCCGAUUUGGAUGUCUUCCAAACUGUUGAUCUAUGGGAAAAGAAGGAUAUUGCCCAAGUCACCAACACCAUCUUCGCUUUGGGUCGCGCUUGCUAUAAGCAUCCUGAAUUCAAAGGACCCUUCUUGGGACCCAAGCCCGCUGAUGAGUGCAAGCGUGAUUUCACCGAAGAACAAUUGAAAGCUGGCCAAACUGUUAUUGGUUUGCAAGCUGGCACAAACAAGGGUGCCACCCAAUCUGGUCAAAACAUGGGUGCCAGCCGUAAGAUCUUGUUGAACAAGUAAAUUCCAAUUUACAGCCAUUUUUUUAAGUUUUAUUUAAGUUAAGACUUUUUUAUUUAAAUUCCUCAUGAAAAAAAAAGAGACAAACUCUGUUAUAAAACACACACACACACAAGCUUACACAUACACCAACACCCACAUACACAUACACACUCAACACACAUAAAACAAAUUGUAGAAAAAAAAAUGGAAAUUAUCUUUUGUAUUUUAUAUAAAGUAAACAUAAGUUUAUGUUUAAGCUAUUUUAUAUAAACCAAAGAAGAAAAAAAAACUAAAAUUAGUAAAAAUAAAAAAAAUAAAGAAACGCGUUUCAAAAAAUCAACUCAUAAAAAAACACCAAAAAGCA